AUUAGAUAACGUGAGAGCGUUCGCCUUGCACAUUAUUCCGUCUACGAGAUAGAAAUUGCGUUCGAAUUCCUAUAAUAAAAUGUGUUGGUUGAAUAUAUUCAUAAUUGGAGUUAUUGCCGGAUUGGUAUCAUGUGACAUCGAUUGCUUCGAUAAAGAAUCGAGCCCUUGCAGACCACGAUUGCCAACUGACGAAACCUCAACUCUUGAUGAUUUUUGCAGAUCUCAGCUUCCUUUCAUUAAUUGUUUGAACAAUGCUGCCAAUAAAUGUAAAAGUUUUCAAGAGGAAAUUGAAAGUUGGUUUGAUGCAGUAAAGGAUGCCUGUACCGAUGGAACUAAACUAAAUAAAGAACUCGAAGCAGGUGCAGAGUGCAUGAGGGGAGCUACCAGAGAGGCAGAAUGCCUCGUCGGCUCUGAAGAGGACUUAAAGGAUGAACCAGAAGACAAGCAACUGUGCCAGCAAUUUGAAAGCGUAACAGACUGUCUGUACCAGAAGGUAGAAAGAGCAUGCGGCAGAAAUGUUGCAGAUUCUUUCCUUGCAGUGUACGAUCCGAUGAUUAAAUACCAAUUGAAAAUCUGUAAAGAAAUUAUACUUAAACGGAACUAACAGAAGAAUAAAGUUAAUAAAUUAUUUUAUUUACAAGA